AUGUCAUCAUUUAAGAGCGACGAGAUCUUUGCCCGUCUCAACGAAGCCCUUGACUCCUUCCCUGCCAAAGAACGCCAGGAGCUCGUCAAACAAGUCAACGGCAUAUUCGAGUUCCAUCUCAAGAAUCCCGCAGGUGACGUCAAGAUCUGGAACGCCGAGGUCAAGAAGCAAGGGCUCGUCCAACCCGGCCCCGCAUCCACCAACCCCGACGUCACGCUUUACCUCACUGACGACGACCUGGUUUCUCUCGCCACCGGUGAACUCUCGGGCGCCAAGGCUUUCCUCUCUGACAAAGUCGUCCUCAAGGGUCCUCUUAUGGUCGCCAUGAAACUCGACCUCAUCUUCCGGUCUUUGGGAAUGGGUCCUGCACCAGGAAAGGAAUCUGAGUUGCACUAUGACGGCUUCGAGACUAGUUACCUGAUCCUCCAGAUUGCAGAGUACCUCAACGUCAUGACCGAUGCCGAGAAAAAGGAGUUUGUGGCCAAGACGAGGGGGGUGUACUUGAUCAAGGUCAAGAAUGCCUCCGGCCAGGUCGCCACUUGGACGAUGGACAUGAAAAAUAUGCCCCCGACAAUCAAAAGGGGCAAGAUUGAAGGACUCAAGGCUGAUUUGACGGUCGAGUGCAAGGACAAGGACUUUAUGGACUUGUUCAUGGGUAAGAUCACGGCCCAGAAGGCGUUCAUGACGGGACGGUUCAAGGUCAAGGGCGCCAUCAUGCUAGGUAUCAAACUCGAUGCCAUCAUGAAGGAGACGCAGGAAAAGAUGGGGUUCUUCAAGAGCAAGCUGUAA